GCAGACACGCACACACACACACAACUCAUGACACCCACAGGCGCACACAGAGAAUACAUGGCAGUCAUAAUCAACAAACGAAUCUCUUUGUCUUUUCAGCCUGCAUUUUUUUUAUCCCUUAAACAUUUGUUUUGAGAGCAUUUGACCUCAGAAAAUGGCAGAAUGAAAGCCAUGAUUUACUAUAGCUACUUGCAUGUCACGUCAUCACUCCAACUGGCAUCACUCUCCCCAUGAGGACAGACAGACCUACUCAUGUAUCCCUCCUCUGAGGUGCUGAAGCAGACCCAGGGUCAAGGACCAACACAAGAUGUCUUUCCUGGACCAUAGCAGAGUCACUGUACUGGAACACUACACAGUGGAAUUCAACACAGCAGGACAGUGACAGCCAACACAACUCAGUACACGGCAGCACCGCAGUGUUCAGUACAUUAACACCUCAGGGUACUGAAGUACAGCACACAACACAAGGUAGCUCAGUACAAGAGGAUAGAGAACAGCACAGAAUAAUAGCCCAGUGUAAUGGAGGAGUAUAACACGUAAAGAGUUUAGGAGAAGAAAGGAAGUAGGAGAUGGGUUGGGCUGGGAAGAGUCUAGAAAUAGGAGAGAGAGUGAGGUAUUACAGGACAGGACGGACAAGAAGGAAAGCAGGGAGAAGGCUGUAAAUAUGAGGCAAGGUAAAGAGAAGAUUUUUAAUCGAGAGGGCAGAUGCGUAUAUUGAUUUACUGUGCUACUUUACAUUAUUCUGCACUGUUGAGGAAGAGCAGCAAGUAAGAAUUUCACUGUAUCAUUUACACCCGCUGUAUCCUGUGCACGUGACGAAUAAACUUCGAUUUGAGGUGUUUAUUGACCUGACAUGGUUGGAAAAGUGAGAGCAUUGGUGGAAACCAUGUUUUUUAAAAACCUAUUCUUAAGACCAGUAAAAUCCCCAAGGGCCUCAAAAAAGAGGGGAAGGAAGAGAGACAAGGAGAGGAGGAAACAUGACAACUGUGUGCUGUCUGGUGAAGCUGACGGCAGGUCUCAACCGGCCACUGCCUGAGCCAAUAAAACAACAGGCGGGGUUGGAUCACAGCCAGGAUAUAGACUGGGUGUUUAUAGAGUUGUAGAGUCACUGGGCCUGCUCUGUGUGAAAAACUAUUAAUGUUUAACCAGGCACCUUUUAACAUGUAUGACUUUUAGGGCUUUGAAGACUAGUGAGAUUCGUCUUUGUAUUUCUUCAGUGAGUUUGGAUAUAAAUCUUCCCACUGGGCACAGCCGUCAAUUAAACGUCUAUUCCACGUUGGUUCAACGCAAUUUCAUUGAAAAGACGUGGAAACAGCGUUAAUUUUACUAGUUUGUGCACAAUGAUUUGUCGUGGGAACUUUUGAGGGUAAUUGACCUAAAUAUUGCCGGUUUGUUGGUGUGUUUGGCAAAGAUAUGGUACAGUACUCCUAAAUUAUACCAGUAUAUUAACACACUUUGUGGUAAGCUCAAUAUCUAAAAGAAAUGACCUGUAGUGUCUAUCCACGUGGACCAUACAGAGGAAAUUCCCCAUUUCCACUUCCCCUUCUGUAUUGCCAUAGAAAAAGGAAGAACGUUUAACAUGUCUGUUUUGGUCUGAGGUUGUCUGUUAGGGCCAUUUAUCUGGGCGUGGUGAAUGUGGUCUGCUGGACUGUGAGCUUCGAUUCAACUUUUUGUUUGAAUCUUUAGAUUAGGCAAGAUUUCCCUCCAUUAUACAUGUUGACUCUGUCUUUAACUCUGUGAAAUAUAUGAACUACCCUUCACCUGUAGGCCUACAGUUCCCAAACCUCUUAUUGGAACCUUGUUUGGCUCAAAGCCAUCACUCUUCCUGAAAGACAGAAUGAAAGCGGGGGGGAAAAAGAGGGAGAGGAAAUUGCAGUGUGGGCAGAAAUCCGCCUUCUCCAUUUCCUGAGGAGGAAGUGGAUUAGAUCAGGGGGUGAGUUGUAGCCGUCUCCUCACUCUCAAAGAAGGCUUCUCUUCUUUUUACCCCAUUUAGCCAGGAGUGUUAGAAACCACCCCACUCUGAAUGGGAGAGGUUUGCCUGGGUGAAUGUUCUUGAAGUGGUGAAGUUAAGAGUUACAUUUCUCCAUCACAUUGGCGGAUUUUCACGUUAAUCCUCCAAUUUCCUGUCUGUUAGCUGUCUCAUUGUUGAACUAUAGAACAUGCACAUGAAAAGAAAAAUAAGCACAGCUGUAAAACACUUGAUUAUACUGUUUGGUUGCACUAGAUGUCAGCGUUUGAGUGAAGUGGAUGACUUUUCAACCCUCAAUUCCAUUCCAUUAAUCGUGUUUACUUAAUUGUCUUGCAAUGUGUCAGCCUCAAGGUCACCCGCCUAGCAGACACUAAGAAGCGUAGCAGUGUCAUUCAGGCUCACUGCAAUAAGGGAUUCACUCUAUUUACUGACGUCACGACAAGUCGGGCGGGCACUGAUGGGGAGGUAACAUUGAGACACCUGUGACAAGUUCAAAGAAUAUGGAGUGAGUGUCUAUGGGAAUUUGUAUGGAGAGUACAGCUUACGUUAAACAUUGAAGCUUAUUGAACAUGAGAAAUCUCUUGCUGGGUGACAGAGAAAGAAGCCUCGUCUUGGAUACUUGGCUUGCUGCUGUUUUUCUUUGUAAACCUUUCUCAAUAGAUUGAGUUUGCUUUGCUCACAGCUGGGUUUCUACUGUGUGUGUGUGUGGGUGGGUGGCUGAGUGUGUGUGUGUGUGUGACUGUCUUUGUGUACAGGCAUGUUGGAGUUGGUGUGUGCUUGUGUAUUAAUCGAUCUCCUUGUGUGUGCAUGUCUACAUGUCACUCUGUGAGUAAUUGUACUGUGUGUGUGUGUGCCUGCAUACUCGUUUGUGGAGUCUUUCUGUAUGUGUACAGAUGUUUGCGUGCAUAUCAACGGUACAGGACACACAGAAGGGUAUUUGAGUAUCUUGUGUGUGUGCAGUCAUUGUAUAUGUGUGACUGUGUGUACCCCAGUGCCUUUCAGAGGGGAAAGCCGUUCUCAUCCUCAGGAAUUUCCUGAGUGGGCAGACGGCGCUUCCUGAAUAAAUGUUGUUGUUUUUCCCCCUUCGUUCCCUUUUCUCCCUCUGAAAGGGGAAACUGUUCUCACAUGCCAGCAGCCAAGUGGAGAGAAGCCCCUUCUCUUCCUGUUUGAAACACUCCACAUGCCAUCAUGGAAGGAAGGGGGUUUGGGAGGAAAGUGGGGGUCAUAGUUCCCCACCCUAAACCAGGCAGGGAGAAAACUGAGCCCACCAGACAGAUUGAUGCUUAAAAGACAUCGCUAUGUUGCUAAUGCUACCCAUUCUGCCUUUAAAGGGCGACUGCACUUCCUUUGGCUUUGUUUUGAAUAUUGCUCAAUAAGAAAUGCUUGAGACCACAACUGAAGCCAAACCAGAGUUAUUACUUCUAAACAAAAUAACUUUUUGGGGUUCUCAUACACUUACAAUUGUGUUUUGAUUAUAGCUUGAACAGUCAAUAAGACAAUUUGGUUGUGAUCUUUGCAAAAUAACUGUUUUGGAUGCCGCAGUUGUUAGCUAGAAUGCUAAUGCUCAUUGACAUAGUCUGUAGCAAAAGCUAGCCAAAGAGUAAUUUUACUGGUUGAAGUUGAAAUGUUUUUAAAGUAAAAUGCAGUUGAUUUGCGAUGAUGACACAAACAUUCAUACGAGCCUUAAAGGCCCAUUUAAAAUCCAAAAGUCAUGUGAAAUGCUAUCAAAAGCUGGCGUUCUAUAAGAACUUCCCCGUGUUCUGCCACCAACUUGUGCGUAUCGCUCUCGUGAGGCAAUGUUUGCAAACACAGAAAUGGGUUUAUUGUACCUUGGCAGGUGUUUGUCCCUCCUGAGUCACUGUUGCAACAACAACCACUUCCUCAAAAUAUUAAUUCAUUUAGACGGUUUUGCAGAGGAGGUCUUAGUUGCGCAAUUUUGCAUCUAGCUAAGGUGUUUGGUGCAGUAAUUCUUAAGUAAAAACAUUUGCAUGAAAAACUAGUCUGCACUGCAUACAGUCUAUCGAGCCAGGAAAGUCUGGCUCCGCGCUCUGGACUGAUUUCUGAGAACAAUAAUAUCUUUACAGUAUCAUCUGUAAGCUGUCAAACUAUUGUAAAUAAAACACAAGCAACACACUGUUUAUCAGUGUACAAAUCACUUGCUAGCUAGCAAAGUUCCAACUCUGUGUUUGUCAAUUAAGCUAGCAAGUAGGGACAAGCAGGCACACUGAGCAGCCAGGCCACAAUCAUCUUAUCAAGUCAGUGGUGAGUUGUCUGCUUCGGUGCUGUUAUUUAUUUAAAUAGAUUUUUUUACUUUCUCACCAUCUAUUACCAGAAUGUGAGUCUGUCUGGCAGUGUUUUAAUAGGGAAUCAUGUUACAAAACAGGUCGCGGGAAAUACAAAAUGCUUGCGAAUGGGUUUUGGAAUAUUGAGCAGUGCUCUCUGAUCGUCUCAUUUUGCCCCCAAAAAGUGUCCGACUCGAGUGAUUGACACUAUCAAACAUAAUCAAGUGGCCACUCCAUAAAGGGCUUAGGGUCAAGGGUUAUUUCAACAUAACGUUGGCGAGAUCAGUUGUCUUAUGUAAACACGUCUGAGAUGCUGUGUAAUGGGCAGAUCUGUUUCACAGUCUGGAGGUUCUGGCUGCUAUGAUUGGAUAGAGCGCGUGCAGCUGAUGGAGCGCAAUUAGUACAGCUGCUCCUCUCGUGUUAGUGGGCAUGACCGUAAUCCAUACCCAACCCCCCAGUAAGUCACGACAAACUCAUUUACAGAACUCAGUUUUGGAUGAGACUGUCUUCAUGACCAAAAUUAUCUUAUUUACACGUUGUAGAUGAUUUUGACCCUACAAUUGAUGUUUCUAUCUCAUAUCGAUAUAACCAACUUCUCUGGUUUUAAACGGCCUAAUGGGCAGUUGACAUUUUUAAGUGAAGCGCCUACUGCAAAUGUCAUUAGCAUAGAUGACAUGCUAAUUUCCAUGACAUUGUGGUUUAGUACAGAAUAAUUCUGGAUUGAACAAUGAGGUCAAACUGAGAACAGCUAUUCACUUGAACAUCUCUGAAACCUCUAGCUGGGCUGAUGUAUGUUCCUAAUACAUUUGCAUAAUUUCAUAUAUAUGAAACCUUCAAUCCUGUAAGGGUCUGUUAACGUGAAACAUUGCAUUUAUUCUAAGUUCUUGGUUGGUAUUCUAUGGCUCUAAGCUCUCAAGGGCAUAGCUGGCACUGUUUAGUCUGUUUGAACAAUAACCUCUAUCUAGCAUGUACAUGUUCUGUGGUCUGUUUGCCCAAAGAGAAGGAAAGCAUGGUAGCUUGUAGGUGUGCAUUUAAGAUUCACAAGUGUAGCUUUUUAGGUACAGCAUUAGUACAGUACUACUUGUUCCUACAUUUUCUAAAAGAGGGUUGGCCUUCUCUUAUAAAAACGCAUAAAUAGAAUCAGUGAAGGCAGGAACUUGUUGAAAACAAACUACAGUACAUGAGCCAGCUUGCCCCCAAUGCACAACAUACUAUCAAACAGGUUGCGCUACUUCCUGCCCAUGAACCAAGCGUUUGAUUGGUCAUCUGUUUUAUGCUUGUUUUGACUGGAUGGAGUCCAAUCCGGCUGGAUUUGGAACACACUGUUUCCGAUGAGGUGAAGUAUGUAGUUUGCAUAUUGACCUGGAGCGAGAGAAAGGAGGGGGGAUAAAGUGAAGGACAGAAAUGGGGAGGGUGAGAGAAGAGGGUGUGAGUAAGGGAAAUGUGUAAGGUGUUACACCCUCAUGCCUGACUCACAAGGUCAAAAGGCCUCUUCUCCCUCCUACCCUGCAUGAAGAAAAGCUAUUUUCAAUCAAGAAUGGAAGACAAUAUCCGCCUCUUCAUUCAAGAAGGAAAGCAAACAUUUGCAGCAAAGGUAAAUGACUAUAGAGAGCAUUGAUUCAGGAAACAUACUUUUGACCAAAGUCCUUAGCUGUCAAAAGCAUUUGCCAACUUCUAUAGCAUUUACAGGUGAAACUGUACACACACACACACACACACACACUACUGGUCUGACCUUUAGAGGUCUACAGAAUGGACACAUUUCCCCUGUAUGUUCUGUUUUGCUGAGAGAGGAGUUAAAGAGGUUGUGGAGGGUAACGACGAAACAAGAUACCAGUGAUCUCAUCCCUUCUCUCCUUCAUUCAUCCCUUGCACUUCCGAGUUUCCCCGGCAACAGCGUGCAUCACUGUGUGAGUGCGGGGGCCUGCAAAUCCACAGAGUGAAAAUUAUGUGUCAUCAGAGAGGAUUAGUAGCCCACGGUUUAGUCAAGGGCCUUUCGGUUGGAUCCGCUGGUCGUGUUCGAGAGUGUUUCAUCCCAAACACAAACAGACUGUACACCAGAAACCCGAGAUGGUGUCCAACAAAGACACGGAUGGUGAAACGAGAGGGGGGGCUGAAAUUGAUUUGGUCAUGAACACCGAAACAGUAAAUCUUCAGUGAAAUGUGAAAAGGAUUGGGUGAAAGGGGAAACUGCUCUGAGCCUGUGAGGGACAUUAAGAUGUGGGGCUAGUCAAAGAGGCACUGUCAUUCUCUUUCCUCCUGAUCUUUUUCUGGCUGCCUCAGCUUCUCUCUUUCCUCUCUCUCUUUCUCACCAUGUGCUUGUCUGCUGAGUCUUAAUAUCCGUUUCUCUUCCUGUUGGUCUUCUUUAUUCUACCACUUCUCCGUUAUUGUUUCUGGUUCACAUCACUCUCUCUAUCCCCCCCCUCCCUGCUCUAUCCUUUUCUCUCUCCGCUCUCUCCGUUGCUGCUGACUGUUGAUAAACCUCACAGCGUCGCUCCCUAAGCUUACCGUAGGAAGUUUCCUGUGCUGAAAUGGAGCCCAUGCUGGAUCGCUUCCUGCCCAAGCGCCCCCCCCUCCCUCCGCUGGGCCCUGUGCAGAUGGCUGGGUCCAGCAGGCCGGAUCUCAGUGGAGUUUUGGCAGCGUUGUGCCUUCCCUCUCUUUCUCCUCUCUCUCUCUCUCUCUCCCUCUCUCUCUCUCUCUCUCUCUCCAGCCGUGGAGAGAACAUACCACGGCAGUGACCUCACAGCCAGGGCCUCCCUGCACGCCGUACGCAUCACUAAGGUUAUGUGAUUAAGGGGUCACCCGUAGGCGGCACAGCUGGUGGAUGCUGAGCAUAUGGCCUGCAGCCGGUGUUCUGGAGCAGGGAGGACGUGGGCCAGUGGUUGCGCUGGGCCGAGAGGGAGUUUGCCCUGCGGCCCAACACCAGCGGCAGCUUCCAGAUGAACGGCAAGGCCCUGCUCCUCCUCACCAAGGAGGACUUCCGCUACCGUUCGCCCCACUCCGGGGACGUCCUGUACGAGCUGCUGCAGCACAUCCUGAAGCAGAGGAAGCCGCACGUCUCCUACCCCUCCGCCUACUUCCCCGGCAACUCCUUCCACCCUUUGCCAGAGGGAGCUCUCCAGCACCACAAACUGGAAGAAACGGUACGGCGGACACCACGCAGUACAGAGCUCCAACCCCAGCACCCACCCACCAUUGAGCUCCGACACCGCUCCCGCUCGCCACACCAGCCCGCUCCACGCCUCUCCCCUCUGGACCCCAACUACCCACGCCCUGGUGCCGAGGACCACCUCCAGACAUCCUCCCAGCUGCCCGACAGCAACCAACACCUGCCAGAGGACUUGUACACUCUGUCAGUGUCCCCGGCCGCCCCUAACGGCCGCUGCGCCACACCCCGCGAGGCCCCCUGCCCAGGCAGCCCCGGUUGCCAGGACGCUGCCCCCCCUCGUGUCAUCCAGCUCAUGCCCAGCGCCAUCAUGCACCCCCUGCUGCUUAGCCCAGGGCGAGGAGGUGGCGCUGGAGACUUCAGGCAUGGCCGUGGGGGGCCACCACUUCAGGCCCACCAUGAAAACGGGCGUGAGGGGAAGAGCCACAUCCAGCUGGCACUGGCCCACCACCAGCAGCUUACUCUGCAUCAGCAGGAGGAGGCGCUCUACAGGAACCACCACGUCAUCGUGCCCGUCUCGCCACCAGAGGAACAGGCAAUGCCCAUUGGACGGAUAGCAGACUGCAGGCUGCUAUGGGACUACGUCUACCAGCUCCUCUCAGACAGCCGGUACGAGAACUACAUCCGCUGGGAGGACACAGAGACCAAAGUCUUCCGCAUCAUGGACCCCAACGGCCUGGCUCGCCUGUGGGGGAACCACAAGAACAGGACCAAUAUGACGUACGAGAAGAUGUCGCGAGCACUGAGACACUACUACAAACUGAACAUUAUCAGGAAAGAGCCAGGACAGAGACUCUUAUUCAGGUUCAUGAAAACCCCAGAUGAGAUUAUGAGUGGACAAACUGACAGGCUGGAGCACAUAGAGUCGGACACAGAUGAUCAAAUCUACAUCAAAGAGGAGUGCUGAGGCCCUUGGGAAAUGGAGUCCACUAAAGCGAUGAACUACUACAGCCGCUGAUGCCUUUCGGAAAGCAGCUCAAACAAUCGUUUCAAACCAAGAGCGCCCGGACAUUCACUCUAUCCAAAACUCAGAGGAACUUGAAGGUGACGUCUCUCUGCCUUUUAAAACUUUAUAAGAUUUUCUUUCCAGACAAAUCUUAUCAGUUUUCUGUCUUAAUUCAAGGAGUUCAAAGGACCUGGUGAAAAGUAUAUCUCAUAAGACAUUCCUUUUCCCUGAACUACCACAGCAAAUCAAUCAUUUCAUGCUUGUCAUGUCAUAUUGUUGAUUUUUCUUCCCCACGUCUGCAUUAAGUAUAAGAAAAUGUUGCAAUUUGUGCAAAUAAUGGGAGGGGGUGUGUAGCUGGAACGUUUUCACCACCGAAUAAAUAUUUUUGAAUAAUU